AUGGAUUUUGACGACUUGAAGCCGGUUAACUUCAAUACGGUAAGUGGUAAAUGAAAUCACAUGUUUCAUUAGGCCAUGGGUAACUUUGCGAGGAUGUUUCCACGAUUGGAAAAGCGGCUGAUCGAACAGAUCUUGAGGAAACACAAUGGAGAUGUGGCAGAUACAGUGGACGAAUUGCUAAAGAUCUCGGAAGAAACCGAGAAACAGGGGCAUUCGAAAGAAAAGUAGGCAAUUCGAGAGUUGUGAUGAGAACAGGGUUGGUCAUUCUACAUUCAAUUUCAGCACGGACAACGACUUUGCCUAUGCAGCCAUGUUGCAGAACCAAGAGUUUCUGAGCUAUCUCAAGACGCAAUCGGCCUUCCAACAAGCCACCCACCACCGUAUGCCUAAUUCGAUUAUUUUUACAAUAUUGUUUCAGGCCGUCGGGCACGAAGACACGGCUCAUACAAUCGAUACGAGAACGAAGAAUACGAGCGUAAUUAUGAUUACUCGAGACCUUCCAGUUCCCGAGUUUCAUAUAAUGAAGAAGAUUAUCAAAAAAAUUACAUUCCGAAUGGACCCUUGGUUGGUGAGUAAUAUUGACCCCUUCCGCACGAGUCGGAAGGUGCGGACUGAAACGAACAGGUGUACAGUGUAUAUACAUUGCUGACUUACUUUUGACAUGGAGUUCGCUCAACUCGGCUCUGGCCGGCGGAUAUGGAAAAAAUUCAUAAAAGUGCCCGAACUUCACUAAUGUCAUUUACUCUUUUGUCGUUGCAAAUUUGAUCGGGCAGUACAAUGGAAAAAUAGUGUGACACUCCACCUAUUUUUUCAGUCCAAGCUCACCUUUCGGCGACAAAAAGUCUAGUUACUGUGAAUAUUUAGACACUUUGUAAUCUUUAGUCAUCUUUUUGGCCUAAAAUCAGGUCUAAGGGUCUUGUAGAAGUAUUGAUACAUAUACAUAUCUCACUCUUUUCAAAAAUUGGAAAUUUUCGGAUUUUAAUGUUUUUUAUCGUAUAAGAUGUCCUCCGUUGUCUAAUUGUAAAUCUGACCUGACCAAAAGUUGAUUACUAGUUGAAAACGCUCGGAACGUAAAAUUCAGGUGUUCUAUGAAGCUUCCACACUUUAGGUCAAGUUGCCUCCACUCGUUAGAACAAUGUGUUAUACGAUAAAAAGGCUCAAAAUUCAUAUCUUUCUGGUUUUAUAGAAAAACGAGAGGAAUGCAUUAAUUAAAAAUGCGUUAAAAACAACAAACAUGAUACAAAGGAUCACAUAAACCACAUUCAGUGCCGCUUUCUAUUUCUAUGAGACCUACACGCCUGAUUUGAAGAAAAAAGAUGACUAAAACUUUGCAGAGUAAAGUUUGAAAGUUCACCAGAAAUAGCUUCUGUCAAGAAAGGUGCAGUGUAAAUCUCAUUAUCUACACUGUUUCAAGUAGGGCGUUUUUUAUGAAAAUUUUUGCUGUCGUCUGCCGGAGCUGAAUUGCGCGGAAUUACCGUCAUAAUGUUAAUCAGCAUGGUACACUUCAGGUCCUCCCGACUCGUUUGGAAAGAGUUAAAUAUCCGGGUAUUUGUGCCCGAAAAGGUGUUACGCAAUACGAUGACAGUUUUAUAAGGGGCCAUUCUAGACCCGUGUGAGACUCCGCGCUCGAGACUUCUGAAGAAAUUUAUUCCCAAAAUAAACAAAAAACAGAGUGCGACCAAGCCCGAGGAUCUGUAUCCUCACACAGUAAUUGUUGAUUAUGUCAAUGGAGAUGAGAGAUCGAUACAGAAAUUGAAGAAUAUGGGAGAAGGUGAGUUUAUCCCGCACCUCACUCAUCCCUUUCAGCCUCCAAACAACUUUUGUCAUCCGUCGCCAAGAAAUUCCUUGCCGAAAAAACACUUAAACUAAGACCAACUGAAGAUUAA